AUGGAUCGUCCCUCUGAUGAUCUAGAAUCUUCCAAGAACAAGAACAAUAAUAAUAAUUUUGGAUCCUUCAAUCCCAGCAUCAGCAAUGAAGUAGAAAAUUCAUCUCCAUCAAAGCAUCAUCAUGAGCAUGAUCAUGAUCUUAAUGAUGAUGAUUACUUUCUUGGUGAAUCGUACACACCAGAGCUUGUUCUGUCACCAGAAACCCAAUCAAUCUUAUUAAGUGGCCUACGUAUUGGAGACGAUGGUGAUCUUCUUGAAGAUCUUUGUGAAAACAACUUCGAAUUUAAUGUGGAAUCAUCACAAGAAUGGAUAGAUAGCAAUUUGUUUGCAGAUGAGAUUCUAGGAAUCGAACCUUCCCUUGAUCAUUAUUAUUCACCCUACCCCACGGGUAAUGAAGAGGACAUUGACCUUAUGGAAACAGUGCAAUCUAAUGAUGAAGUGAAUAAUAGCGACCUUGUAAUAAUUGAUGCACCAAUUCAGGAAGAGGAAGCACCAAACUUCAAGUUGAAGCCUUUUGGUCUGCAUUUGAAUAGCCUCAUAAAAUCUACAAAAAGGGUUCAUCCUGAGACACAUGAAAAUGUUGUAGUUGGGAGUAGUAGUAGUAAUAAUAAAAUAAAAAGCAUUUUGAUCUCACAAGGUAGCAAUGGAAAAUCAGUAGUAAGAGUUGUUGUUGAUGAGACUCAGAGCCAUCAAGACACCACUUCCAAUGAUUGUGUUCUCAUUUCUCAUGAUCGUAACAAGAGAAUAAUCCAAGAGAGUAGUGAGAGUAACAAUGGUUGUACAUGUAAGAAGAGUGCAUGCUUGCUCCUAUACUGUGAAUGUUUUGCUGCUAAAGGUUAUUGUGCAGAGUGUUGUACUUGUGAAGGAUGCUUAAACAGACAAGAACAUGAAGAUAAAGUUAAUGAUGCUAGGGACAAAAUCAAAUCUCGUAAUCCAUUUGCAUUUUCUCCUGAGAUGGUUCCACAACCCACUCACAUUCCAUCGGCUAGUAACCAAGAAGAAGAAGAUGAAGCAGCCAAAGAUACAUCAAGAGAAUCGAAACCAAGUAAAUUCUUCACUUAUUUGCCACGUGUCGGUUUAGUAGAAUCAAACACCAUCAGCACUAAUUCUACAAAACAUGAUGCUGAUGAUGACAACAUUUCUAAAGAGAAACUUAACCAAACUGGUGGAGGAUACAAAAAGCAUGCAUCAAACACAAGUGAUGGUAAAAGAGGAUGUACAUGUAAGAAGAAUAAAUGUGUGAACCUUUAUUGUGAAUGUUUUCGUGCUGAAAUCUACUGUUCUGAGGCUUGUGCUUGCGAAGGGUGCUUAAAUAGAGAAGAACAUUUACACAAAAUUAAUGAAGCUAAGGAAUAUAUCAAAAGGCGUUAUCCAUUAGCAUUUGCUCCAAGGAUUGUUCAAACUCAUCUUUCCUCCCCCAAUAAUACGGAUAAUGAAAAUGUUAAGACAGCAUCAUCAUCAGCAGCAGCAAGGCACAAAAGAGGUUGCAGAUGCAUAAAGUCAAAUUGUAUGCAGAAGUAUUGUGUAUGUUUUGAGAUUCAGGUCAUUAGCAAGAUGCAGAAAUGGAUGGCAAUGAAGAGCAAAUAG